AUGAUGAUCCAAACUCCCAGUCUUCCUUGGAGACUCUCUAGUCAGAUCAGCGAUCCAGAAGAUCCAAACUACCAGUCAUCCUUGGAGACUCUCUGUGAUGAUGACACAGAUGAUGAAGAUGUUGUAGUUCCACGUAGACAGUCACCAAGGAAGUCUGCACCUAAAAAAGCCCCAAAUCCACCACGCCCACCUACAAUAGCGCCGCCAAUUCCACAAUCUCAGCCUGAUUAUGAAAGUGAACUUUUGAUUCACAGAUCACGAAAAUCAACUCCUAGACGACUUGUCCUAUCCCCUACUACACCACCCAGAAGCUCAUCACCUGCCUCACCACCGACAGCCCUGCCAAAUUUGUUUGAGCAAAGAAGCAACAUAGGAAGCUUUGAGAGAAAACUCCCCAUGGUGAUGGAGGAGGUGAAGGUUCAAGUCAAUUUUAACACAAAGCUUAUUAAUGCUGUGUUGAUAAAAAAUGACACAGGGAGCAGCACCAUUGUGGAUCAGGCAAAAAUAGAUGGAGAAUUAGCUAAACUGUUUCCCAUCCAAACUCAAGAUGAACUUUGGAAAUUUGAAAAGAAACUUAAGGAAGAGGAAAUGACCAAUAAAAUGGUAAAAUUCCUCAGCCCAAUUGGUGAAGAGAACAUGAAGAAAACGGUGCGCAGAUUACUGGCUUUCAUGAUUUCAAAUAAACUUGCAAGGGAAGUCAACUGGGUUGGGAAGAGAGGAAAAUUAGCGUUUUCCAAGUUGAAACUGAAGGACAUUUUAAUCAGUAAGUAUUCUUUCCAACAGUUAUACAGAAAGAAUGGGUUUUAUAUAAUAAAAGCAUGCAUACAUAGAGAUAUUAAAGCAUUAUUUACUUUUCAGUUAUUUAGAAUAAAUGUCCUUAUAAAUGUUUUUACACUCUGGGUGUAAGAUACAUGUAUAUGGUAUAUAUAUAUUUAUGUGCAUAUAACUAUGUAGCUUUUUAUUCCGCUUAAAGGUAUGUCUCAUUUUCAUCUAUUAAUUAAGCUGCUCUUGUAAGCGUAUGAUACUUUUAAUUCAUAAGUAACAAAAAAUGUGCAAACUUGAAGACUUUGACUCUAGUCUAAGUCGUUCCAUAAUCCGAGGACCAGAAGUAUAUUAGAAA